AGAGAGAGAGAGCAUGCAUGCAUACAUACACGUGUGUGUGUGUGUGUGUGUGUGUGUGUGUGUGUGUGUGUGAGUGAGAGAUUAAAGGAAUCUCCUCCAGUCUCUCAGUAACACAUGGAAGCUGCUGCUGAAGCCGAGAGGAAUUUAGAACAUGCAGACUAAACACUGAAGGAGAAUCAGGAACAAUGCUAACCGUCCCGUUUGAAGAAGCGCACGCCACGCGCGAGCUCCGGUUCGGCGCGUCCAACGUGGGGUCGAAGGAGACGACAGAGGAAGAGGAGGAGGACGAAGAGGAGCGGGACGGGAGGAGAGGACCACGCCGGAGGAGAGGAGGAGGAGGAGGUGGAGCAGGGGGUUCUGGCUGCACGGAGCGGUCGCGAGCGCGGCGUCAGGAGGCGAAUGCGCGCGAGCGCACGCGCAUGCACGGCCUGAACGACGCGCUGGAGAGCCUGCGGCGCGUGGUGCCGUGUCACUCCAAGACGCAGAAGCUGUCCAAGAUCGAGACGCUGCGCUUGGCCAGGAACUACAUCCGGGCCCUGUCGGAGACGCUGCGCGCGGGCACGCGGCCCGACUUGCUGGCGUUCGCACGCACGCUCUGCUCGGGCCUCUCGCAGCCCACCACCAACCUGGUGGCGGGGUGCCUGCAGCUCAACGCCGCGCGCUUCCUCGCGGACCACGGCGGCGGAGCAGGAGAGGCGCACUAUGACUCGGCCUACGGGGCCACGCCCAUAGGCCACGCCCACCACGCCGGAAGCAGCUCCGGGAGCGUGGACAGCGCCAAGCCACUUCGACCCUACGGCUACUGCUCCUCGUCUGCUUACGAGCACAGCGGCGGCUACGAGCUGAGCAGCUGCGGCCCGAGACUCGAGCCCCCCCUCAGCUACGACGGCAUCUUCUCGUUCAGGACGCGCGAGCACGAGGCCGCGACGGCGGCAGCCGCGGCAGCGGCGGCCGCGGCAGCGCGCGCCAAAGACUCUCAGUACACGCACAGCGGCGCGCUCACGCACUUUCCCUACGAGCUGCACCUGCACCAGACCUUCCAGAGCCAGGACGAGCUCAACACGGGCUUCCACAGCUAAACCGAGACCGCCUGGAACGGUUUACAGUUAAAUGGAGAAAUAAUCGAAUAUUUCUCCAUUAAUCGUUAAAUUUCAAGGUCGAAAAGAGACCAUGUUUGAACCAUGACCGCUUAAAGAGCUGAACACUUGUAUUCAUAGUAUCCACAGAUCACAGAGACACGCUGUGGAAAAUACAGUUUUCACAGAAACAGAAAUGCUGUGAUUAUCACGAGAAUCGCAGUUUUAAAAAGAGACUUUUUUCUUGCAGUCUUAACAGUUAAAGAAGGAAUUCACAAAACUCGCAGUUAAUAAUUUCCCAUAGGCUUUUUCCAUGUAGACUUAAAAUGAAAUAAAAUGUUAAAAUCCCUCAUUCUGUUCCCCUCCAAUAAACCUAAUCUGACUCAAACUAUUCUAAAAUAAGCAUUUCACCUCAUUUCCUGUCCCUUUUAAUUAACGUAACCCUGUUUGUUCAUACGGGUUAUUUAUGAUUCUUAUUUAUGAAAAGAGGAACAGACUCUCAGAACCUGCUGAGUUUGUUGAUGAUGUUUAUCUGAGUCCAAUCAGCAAUAAAGGGAAUAAAUCAGGAGCUAUGCAACGCAGAGCGGUGUCCUCCAUACGGAUUGAACACGUGUACAUAUGACUGGAGGAUUUAAGAGGUGGUUUAAUGUGUAAACAGACACGAUCAGGACCGUUUGUGAGUGAAGUGUGGAGCAGUUUAUCUGAGUCGACCAGAAUCAGAGGAUUUUAACUGAACUAUUUAAUAAUGAAUCAAUUAUUCGACCUUCCUGAAGUUACAGCCCUCAGAGUGAAUGAUGACGAUGUGUGUGUGCGUGUGUGUGUGUGUGUGUGUGUGUGUGUGUGGGUGGGUGUGUUUGUGUGUGGGUGGGUGGAGGAGAAAUCAACUGCAUUUGUAUUUAAAACACCAUCAGAAUAAAUCUCCAAUAUAAUCUGAUGAGUUAUGUUGUACUUUUGGAUUUAUUUUAACUUUGUUUACAUAAUAAGAGUCGCUGCUGAGCUCUAAUAAAGACAUUGUGGGCGAAAAAAACCUGAUACAUUCAGAUUGUUCAGAGUGUUUUCAGGCUGCAUUCAACUAGAUUUUUUUCCCCCCCGCGGGCUCAGAUUAUGUGUGUUUAUUUGUUUAUUUUUAUUGUAAAUCUUAUU